CGCGAUGCAGCCGCCCCAAGGACGUGGCCAACGCUCACAUCGACGUGGGCAACAACACGCUGCUCAACGCCCGCCUGCGUUACACCUGCAACCCGGGCUACAAGCGCAAAGCCGGUACGUCCAGCCUCAUCCAGUGCGUCCUCCGCGACGGCUCUGCCGAGCCCGACUGGACCCACACCACCCUGCAAUGCAUCCGGGACCCGGCUCUACCUCCGCUGACCCCCAGCCCUGAGCUCCCGACUGCGCCGCGCACCGAGAGGACAACCCAAAGGGGAACCACCGACACCAGCCCAACCUCCAGUCCCUCUCCACCACCAAUGCCUGGACUGCCAGGAGCUGCUGGCCGGUCACCGAUGCCACCAGCGACCGAUGGACCGUCACCGGAGAUGUCCACUCUGCCCCCACCACUGGAGACAUCCACACCGGGAGAGGGGACGGCCCCAGGGACACCUUUGGGGACAACCCCACUGCCCACCGCCCCCACGGACCACGCUGCAGUUUCCACCCAGACGCUGGCCUCUUCCAUUGGGCUCCCAGUGCUGCUGGUCGCCAGCAUCGUGGCUUGCUGCUGCUGGAGGAUGAAAACGCGCGCGAGGCAGGACUACGCGGUGGCGGAGACGGCCAUCCCCAUGGUGGCACCUGCCUCUGAGAACGAGGAGACGUUGCUGCCGAGCGUUUUCCCCACGGGCUGA